CAGUGUGUGUGUGUGUGUGUGUGUGUGUGUGUGUGUGUGUGUGUGUGUGGGAGGACUCAGUGACUCUCAGCAGUCUCACUGUGUGAACCUCCGGCAGUCUCUCGGUGUCUCUCGGUGUCUCUCGGACUCUGAAUCCGCUCUCAUGGCGACCAAGUACUCAGAUUUAGAGCUGGCCAUCAACACGUUGGUCACGGAGUUUCAUAAAGCUGCAGAUGACGGACCGACCAUGAACACCACACAGUUCCAGACCAUGAUCUCCAAUCAGCUGCCGGGAUUUGCCAAGACGGUGGACAAUGAGGACGGUCUGGCUCAGGUUCUGCAGCAGAUGGACGUCCAGAGCGGUCAGAACAUCUCCUUCGAGAACUUCUGGACUCUGAUCAACAAACAGGCCAUCCAGCUGUUCGGAGCCACACACAAAGAGAAGAACAUCAAGUGCAACUGCCUGCUGCAGUGAAACCUGCAUCACUGACACAUCUGAGCCUGGAACCACUACACCUGUCUGACCACAGGGGGGCGCUGCAGGACAACAGUCAGACUAGUAGAUGCACAGAAGAAAUGUUUCACUGAUGAUAUUCACAGAUUGUUGAGUUGUGUUAUCGAACAUGUUUGAGUCUGAAUGUACGGAGGACCAAAAUGACUAAUCAGAAAAUAAAAUAUAUAAUGAAUUAAUUGAUGACUGGAAUGUAAUACACUGAGAAAUAGGCCAAUAACAUUGAAGAUGUGAAAGUAGAAUUCAUCAAACUGGAAAAAAUCUUGAGAAAUAAAUAAAUAAAAUACUACAAAGAGAAGGAAGGAAAUGAAAUAAAAUAAAUCAAUAAGGAGCAUAAGAAAUAUCCACAAAACUACAAAAUAAUAACAUUUGUCAAAAAUUAAUUAAUGAAAUUCUCAAGAAAAUCGGAAAAUAAAUGAAAAGAAACAAAAUAACUUUAGAAAUGAUUCGGUAAAUUGUGAGAAACAGAAACAUGAGAAUAAUUUUAUACAAAUAGUUUCAUUUAUUCAUUUUCCAAUAAAUCAGGUUUGGGCCUCUGUACACAGGCUUUAACUUAAUUAUGAGUUUAAUGACUGCAUGCUUACAAGUUAAAACAUGAUAAAACAUUUUUACUACUAAAAUUUUGUCACUUUGGGCUUUAAAAUUCUGUUUUUAUUGACAUUUCUGAGCUCAUUUAUAAGCUGAUAAAUGCUGUUUUGAUACUAACAUGUGACUUUUAUAUUCAGUCUGGAUGUUUUUUAAAACCCUCUGAGCUCUGAUGAUGCAGUUUAUGUUCUCUCUGUGAAUAAAACAAAACCACUUUUGAUAUAAGGAACCAAUCAAA